AUGCUAAAUGUGAGUCCCUUAUCUCAGCAAAAUGUGAAUCCUUUAUCACCACCAUUAUCACCACGGCCACCACCGCCACGUCAGCACCAUCACCAUCCACCACCACCUCCAAAAUCUGUGCAUUUUGCUCCGAAAAUGACAACUUCGGAGAGUAAACACUCUAAUCACGAUAAAAACAACGAUAAAAAUCACGAUAAAUCUCAUGGGAAAUCGAAAAAGAAGGCAAAUUGGGGGAAGAAACUAGAAUUUAUGUUUGUUGGUGUUGUUGGGGUCUUGCAGACAGGAGAACCCAAUUCAUUAUUGGUAGCGAAAACGGUGACAAUGGUGGUGGAUAGGAAGGAAAUUUUAGUGGUGGAAGAAUAA